CGUCCGGUUGACGUGGACGAAAAUAUGGACGAAUCGUUAAAGAUCCCAGAUUUUCUUAUGGAAAAAGUAAAGUCGAAGUUAAUUGCUAAUCAUAUAUAUAUCAAUGGAAUACACGUAAUGGAAAUCCUAAACCAGAACAACCGUCAUCGUGCGGUAAGCUUGAUCUAUGAACAAGUGGCCGAAGAAGUGACGAAAAUGCUGAAUUGGUUCACCGGCAUGGUGAUCCAAAUGAUUCGGUUUAGAGACAACUCUAUGUCUUUGGAAGACCUUUUGAACGACAUACAAUUGACGGUGUUUAAUCUAAACGGUUGCCUGAAGCAUCUGUAUGACAACGGAGCCAACGUAGCUCAAGCUCUAGACAGGUACCUGUUUCUCAGUGACAUCAUUUUCGUAUACCGAGCUGAGUACGACAUCGACACCUUCACUGACACCAAUACUGAGACGCCUGGACUCGAUUUUCAAAAUCAAAAAAUAUUGGACUUGAUCAAGAAGAAGACACGGAUCACGAUCGGUGAUGAGGACGUACCGCAAAUGUCGUUCUUUGAUUUAUUAGCCGAUGCAAAAACGAUAAUUUUAAACUACACAAAUUUCUACAAUCAUUGUUAUGAGUGUGGCUGGUUGUACACCGACCAACUAAAGUGGAAGAGCUUGAUAAAAUCCGUGACCGUCCAGAACUUGUUGUCUCCGAUAAGUGGCAAAACUCUUCAGCAGAGUUACAAAGACAUUGCAGCCGAGGUGGACUCGACCAAUGUAUUAGCGUUUUACGUGGAAGUCGCCGAAACGCUUUCCAUGGUAUUGGUCAAAAACAGUUCUGACAUUAUUCCGCUGUUUGUCGACUACUUGCGGAUAAUGAUUGUCAGUGGUUCGCGAAACAAUGCGAUCAGACACGAACGUUUGAAAGCCGUAAACGUAGUCCUAGACGACCAGUUAAAAAUCUUAAACUCAUUCCAACGCUUUAUGAAAUCCACGCUUCAUUUGGAAUGUCCGGAGCCAUUAUUAUCUAAAACUGCCGAGGCUCUCAAAUCUAUUGUUGGAUGUGUCUUUGAAUGUCUGGAAAACCAUGUGUUGGAACGGGAUUUACUCACGAUCAUAAAUUUGGUGACCCUCUUCGCAGAUCAUGUGCAUUUUUCAGAUACAGAGGGGCAGUUUGAAAUUGCCCGUACUGAAACUGAAACGCCUGAAAUACUGGAAAAAAUCAUAAAUGACAUGAGGGUCGCUUCUUUGGCAACAACAGAAAUGGGCAGAGUAAUAAUAAUUGAAAAAUAG